CUGGAGGCGAAAGCCUGUGCGCGCAUCCUUCGAAGCCUCGACUUCUCCGAGAGGUCGCGACGGCAGAUGGCGAUUCAAGAUGCUCAUCACGACACUUUUGACUGGAUGUUUGAACCUGGAUCGUCGCCCAUUCAAGACUGGGCGAAUAGCCCUCGCGGCAUCUUCUGGAUCAACGGUAAGGCUGGAUCGGGGAAGUCAACUCUGAUGAAAUACAUAUCCGGAAAUAGAAAGACGAAAGCCCUUCUUCGAGAGUGGGCUUUGCAAGUCCGAUUGACAAUAGUAGACAUCUACUUUUGGUAUCUUGGCACGGACCUUCAAAAGUCAGAGGAAGGACUUUUGAAGAGCAUGCUUUAUCAGAUUCUGCAUGACUCUCGUGAGCCACUUCCGGUCGCAUGUCCAAAUAGGUGGGUGUCGGUCCGAAAAGCCAUCGAGACCGCUGACGUUCGGGAAUUGGACCUUCACCUCGACGCUGCGAGCGUCCCAUGGACGUGCUUUGAAUUGCGAGCCGCACUGGAUCGUGUAGCGGAAUGCACUUCGGAUCGCCGGUUUGCUUUCUUCAUCGAUGGACUCGACGAGUACGACGCCGACCAGACUGCACUGAUAAAGCUCAUUCAGAAGUUAGCCCGGAACCCCAACUUCAAAUUCUGCGUCUCGAGUCGGCCAUGGAACGUCUUCGUCAAUGCAUUUACAUCCCAUCAAGACAUGUUUAUUCUCGAAGAGCUGACGCGGAACGACAUCUGGAAGUAUGUUCACGCAGAGCUAGCGCCGAAUGUUCUGAACGAGAACCAGUCGGAGUUGGAGUUACUGUGUGCCGAAGUGGUAGAUAAAGCACAAGGUGUGUUUUUGUGGGUGUUUCUGGCCGUGCGGUCAUUGAAGGAAGGACUCGAGGAGAACGACGACAUUCGUAUCCUGCGGCAAAGAUUACAAGAACUCCCUGCUGAUCUGGAGGAGUACUUCGACGUCAUACUCUCGCGAGUCCACAAAGUCUACAGGAAUCUCACAGCGACUGCACUGUACAUUCUUCAUCGAGCUGUUCAG